AUGAAAUUAUUUACUUUUCACGAUACACCAAUACAAUAUAAUUAUUUAAUAGAUAAUUUUUGUAAUAAUACUUUUAACACUAAUAAUAAUAAUUAUAAUAAUCAUUACAAUUACAGUAAUAAUAAUAAUAAAAAAUUAAAAAAUUAUCAAUAUUCAAAAUAUUUAAAAUCAAUUUAUAUUCAUUUUCAUAAAGAUGUUCAAAUUGGAAAAUUAUUUAAAGAAAUUAAAGAAUGCCCAAAUAUAGAUACACUAGAGAUCAGCUCGUAUUCAUUCGAUUAUAAAGAGGAUAUUUUUAAAGACUGUAUCGAUUCACUCCCAUCAUCUAUAAAAACAUUAAAGCUUUUCAAGUAUUUUGGAACACCAAUCAAUCCAACAUACAUAAAGCAUUUUAAAAUCAUUUUUUUAUCAACUUUAAUAACACCAAAUACAUUUGGAGCAGGUUUAACAUCUUUGUAUAUAUAUUUGUCACAAUAUGAAAUAAACUUUGAAUACCUACCUCAAACGCUUUUGACCCUUAGCAUUGAUUGUUUGGGUAAAUCAAAAAUUCGGCCAAAUAGUUUACCAAAUUCAAUUACGUCGCUUUGUUUAAAAACUGAUUUUAAUCAAGUUUUGGACGACAUCUUACCAACUUCAUUAAAGGAACUUUACCUAGGUGCUGAUUUUAAUAAAGAUAUAACACCAUCUUCAUUACCCAAGAAUUUACAUAAAUUUUAUUAUUUUGGUAAAAGGUUUUCAUUCAAAUUUUUCGAUCAAAAUCAAACUAUUUCCGAAUUGCUAGGUUCCAUUCAAGUUCCCGUUGGUCUAAUGGAUUUCUCAAAAUUACUCUCUUUAAAGGGUUUCUCACUUAAGGAUUUUAACGAAACUAUAUACGAUAUUGAAGAUGUUUUUCCAAAAUCAAUUAAAAGACUAGAUUUAUUAAAUGAUAAGAGUUAUUUGGCUGAUGAUUUGGUUUUUUCAGGUUGUUUAAAGAAAGCAAAGGUGCCAAUAGUGUCAAUUAAAAAUUUACCAAUUCAAAGUAUCAAAAGUUUAACAGUACUAUGCAAUUUCGAUUACAGUCCCCACUCACUGGAUAGAAGUGCACCUAUAGAUGACAGAGUAAAGUUAUUUGUAACCGAUCAGUUAUCACAAAUCUUAUCGUUUACAGCAUUAAAAUCACUAUCACUAGUGGCUAUAUCGAAUCCAACAGAUUUUGAUUUAAAAGAUUUCAUACCACCAACUGUUAAACACCUCGAGUUUCAAUUUUUAAACGAUAGAUCUAAAGAGAAUAAAAGUUUAACAUAUAUUAUACCAAGUCACAUCCAGUCAUUCAAAGUUAAUCUUUCAGCCAAUGGUAUCCAUCCACUAUUCUACCCAGAUUCUCUUACUUGCCUAGAGUUGGAAUUAUAUGCAAACAUAACUAUAAGAUCGUCAAUGCUACCAAAAUUCAUUAAAACUCUAGUCAUAAAAUCAAGCUUUACAACAUUAUUCGAAUUACCUUUACCACCUACAUUAGAGUUAUUAAUACUCCACAAUAAUCAAAAUUUACUCAAAUAUCCCGAUUUAUUCAAUCAGUUAUUUGAUCUUGGUAUUUUAAAAUUGGUAGAUUUGAACAAAAACAAAUCAGCAUUGAGAUAUAUCAAAAAAUUACGUUUUAAAAAUUAA